AUGAACCUAGCACAGAAGUUCAUUCAGGCCUCCGAUAUCUGUAAAACACACGAGGAGCCUAGCUUCGGGAAGAGAAAGCAUGAGUAUACCCCUCGAGCGGACAACCCCAGAGAUGUCCCUUGGAAAGAGAAAGACAAAAAGCCUCGAUUAGAAAACCACUGGAAUAAUCCCCGGUACAACCUGAAUCAAAGAGAGAUCUACUUGGAUAUCAAAGGGAAGUAUCCCCUGCCAAAACCCAAUCCCAUUCGAACAUCAGCCAGCAAGCGAGAUAAGAGGCUCUGGUGCGAGUUCCAUCACGAUUGUGGUCACACCACGCGUGAAUGUCGGGAAUUAAAGAGAGCACUCGACAAGCUGGCCGACGAAGGAAAAUUGAACCGAUAUCUGAAGGAUCUAAAAGAAAAGAAAGUCGAACCCCGCCAGGAAAAGCAGGCUCGAAGUGACGAGACUGCAAGGUAUGUUAACGUUAUCGCAAGAGGGUUCGCCUCGGGAGGCUUAACCAGCCGCUCUCGUAAGAAGCACCUCUACACCCUGAAACACGGGAGUGAUGCGACCUCCUCCGCCAUAUGCCCGACUAGGACUUUCAAAGACAGCCGUCGACCUAUACAAACCCCGCACGACGACCCUCUGGUUGUCGAAAUAAAGAUAGCCAAUCUACGGGUAGGUCGAGUUCUGAUUGAUAGCGGGAGCUCUGCGGAUAUCAUCACUAUGGAUUGCUUGAGAAAGCUGAAGUACGAAGAAAAAGAUCUCGCCCCUAUCGACCAGCCGCUGGUAGGAUUUGGGGGGUAA